UGAAGUCAAGUAAAACUGAAAGAGGCACACACGCCAGGACCAGCCGUGGCUCUGGGGUCCACCCUCCCGGGGCUCCAUGCCAGGCAGACGGAGCAUGCGAGUCACACUUGCUUUGACAGCUUGGAUCGUUUCUGUAGUUCCCAGUCAUGAAUAUACAGCAAACAGUUUGCCAGAUAUCGAAAAUGAAGAUUUCAUCAAAGACUGUGUUUUGAUUCAUAACAAGUUCCGAUCAGAGGUGAAUCCAACAGCCAGUGCUAUGCUAUACAUGACGUGGGAUCCAGCACUAGCCCGAAUUGCAAAAGAAUGGGGAAAAAACUGUCGGUUUGCACACAAUGGACAGCUGCACUCGAACAAGCUGCACCCGAACUUCACUUUUGUGGGAGAAAACAUCUGGACUGGGUCUGUAUCCAUAUUCUCUGUGUCUUCAGCCAUUACUGACUGGCACAGUGAAAGUCAGGACUAUGACUUCGAGACUCAGAAAUGCACCAAGGUCUGUGGCCAUUACACUCAAGUUGUCUGGGCAGACAGUUACAAAGUUGGCUGUGCAGUACAGUAUUGCUCCACAGUUUACGGCAUUAACAGCUUAACCAAUGUAGCGCAUUUCAUAUGCAACUACGGACCAGGACAAAGCUAUCAAAGGCCAUACAGAAGAGGAUCUACUUGCAGUGCCUGCCCCAGUGAUGACAAAUGUUUGGACAAUCUCUGCACUAAUCCAAAGCGAGACAAAGUCACAGGUUACCACCCUAUUGUGUAUCCUGACUGGCUAAUAUCUUCACGCAACAGAUACCUCUCUCUCUUUCUCACUGUUAGUCCACCAAUCCUAAUACUGAGUGCUAUAAUGAUCAUUUGGGUCAAACACAAAUACCCUCAUUUAGUUCUUUUGAACUAAUAUAAUCCACAAAAAAACACAAUUCAUUCAGAUGUGUUUUUUUAAAAAUUAACGGAUAUAUUUCUUAAUUCUAAUUUUAAAACAUUUCAGAAAAAUAUACGUUGCAGUAAACCCUUAAUAAAAAAGCUGUUCAACUUCCUAUCUCUACAAUAAACUCAUUUUUACUUUCCACUUUUCUAUGAGUAAGCAUUGUUUUCAGCCUGCCACAGCUGUGACUUUCAGUAAGUAACCCAGCCUCUGUGUGUCUCAGCUUCUAAAACUACAAAAUGAAUGUGUUAAAUUUAAGUGAUUCUAAAUAACUCCACUGACCCUCAUUAGUAAAAACAUUUCUACGUAACUUGUUGCAUGCUGCUUCAAUUCUAAACAUCUGGUCCCCCCCCCCCCACCGCCCCCCGCCACCUUGCAAUCUGAGGUCUUUGGUUUAUCAUUUUCCCAGACUCAGAAUAGUAAUUAAGGGAUUUAAGGGGCCUUGCUUUUUUUGCUUAUGGGUUGUUUAAUCUUAAACAUAAUGUAGAAUGAGAUUAUAAAAA